AUGCCGGUUUCUUUGAGAACGACAAUUGCGAAAGUAUAUUGCUUUAUUGCUGGAUAUUAGUUAUUUUAAAAAUACAAUGUAAUUAAAAUUAAAAACUCGAUUUUAGACAAUAUUUUAUGAUUUGAAAUCAUAUAAAAUUAAAGAUAUAAAUAAUAUUGGUGGGGAGGUGGCGCGCUGGGUGCAAGACAAUUAUGCGGUCCCUCCCUGAGCACAGACCUCGUGGUGAACUAUCUCCGACUCAGCCAUAUUGAAAUAUUGAAUGUCUCUGUUACACAAGGGCUCAAGAGUAGCCGUGAAAUUUUCGCGUGAUCCUCGACGAAGAGAGGAUAAGAGACAUCAUGGAAAAUAUGUACAGCAUUGCCGUUACCAACAAAUUCUCGUUAGCGUUGGGUGAUGACGAAGAUCCACAUGAAAAGCUUAGAGAAGAGGAACUAAAGAAGGAAGCUAGGAAAAAGGAGAAGCUUUCGGAGAAAGAGAAUAAGAGUAAGCAGACGGACGCACAAAAAGGAACCGGUAAUAAAACGCAAAAAAACCGCGUGAUCAAAGAUUCUCAGCAACAACCGUCUAAAGUGCAAGAUUUGAAGAAAGAUCAAGGAGACAAAAAACCAUCUCAAUCAAGAACUGGUGGUGGAGAUCGUAAUGUGAAAUUCUCCGGAGAAAGUAGAGAAGAGCGCAAUAACAGACGUAAUCGUGAAGAUGGUGAAAGAACACCCCGUGGUCAGGGAGAAUUAAGACGAGGACCUCCUGGUGAGGGACGUGAAACUCGAGAAUUCCGAAAUUCUAAUGAUAAUCAACGUGGAGAUUAUGGAGAACGUAGGGGUCGUGGUGGAAUGCGCGGAAUGGUGCGUGGACGUGGAGGAUCACGUGGUCGUGGAGGAUAUGAUUAUCGUGGAAAACGUGAAUUCGAUCGUCAAUCUGGUUCCGAUAAAACCAGUGGAAUUAAACCAGUGGAUAAAAAGGAUGGUGCUGGUAGCCAUAAUUGGGGUACCCACAAUGAUGAAAUUGAAGAAAGUUUAAAUCAAGAAAGUCAAGAUUGGACUAAUGAAAAAACUGAUGGAGAUACUAAUCAAACAACUACAGAGAUAAAGGAAGGAGAAGCAACUACAGAUACAGUAGAAGAAAAACCAGUUGAAGAAGAAUCUCGUGAAUUGACAUUGGAUGAAUGGAAAGCUUUACGUAAUAACAGAGUUAAACCUCAGUAUAAUUUGCGUAAGGCUGGAGAAGGUGAAGAUUUAACUCGCUGGAAGAAAAUGUACGCUUUGGAAAGAAAGAAGGAAGGCGCUGAUGAUGAAGAAGAAGAAGAGGAAGAAUAUGAUGCCGCGGCAGAAUAUCCUCAACGCGUUGGAAGGCAAAAACGCGUGUUAGGCAUUGAAAUACAAUUCAGUGAUUCUCGACGUGGUUCUGGUGGACGUGGUCGAGGACGAGGUCGUGGAGAACGUGCAAAUGGUCGCGGAUUUGGUAAUCGUGGUGCUCCUAGAGAUGGAGAUUCACGUGGUCCUGCUUCACAAUCUGAGCAAAGGUCGCCUCGAGGACGCCAAAAUGCUCCAAAAGUAGAUGAUGAGAAUGACUUUCCCUCAUUAGGAUAGAUGGUUUUGCUUGUCAUCUACAAUAGAAUAUCCCACCAUUACCACCAGCAUCAGUACUACUAUCACAGAUAAAAUUACCACUAAUACUAAAACUAUUACUAUCAACAUUUUUGCGUCAGUGACAACGUUAUUAAUGCAUAAUACAGUACACCCUUGCAAAAUGAGAUACGUAAUUUAUCUAAAUAAAUCGUAGCGCUUUGAAUGCGCUCUUACAUAUUGACAUGUUAAACGUACACAUAAGAAGUCGCAUGAAACAAUGUAGAUCACAAUCCUUUUUUGUACUUGUAAUAACUCAAUUUGUUCGUGGCUAGUUUUAAUACUAGUUCACAGAUGAACGAUAUUAAAAACGAGGCUGGAUAUUCAUGGACUUGUUGAAUAAUCAUAAAACUUGGAUGCUAGACAAAAAUAUGGCUAAAAGACUUUAAGCGGACCAGCGGGAAUAAAUAUCAAAAGAUAUUCAUUUUACAUAAUGUAGUUUAAAGCUGCUUAAAUCCGAAUGAAACAAAGUUCCAAAUGAAAAUAGACAAAAAAAAGUAUCCACCUGAAUAUCAGGAGGUAAGGCAGUUUAGCCUAGAUUUUAAUUUCAAUAUCUUAUAUUAAAGGCCUAAGGAGGCUGGCCACAGCACCGACUCUUAUGAACACAUGUAUAAUAACUUGUUAGGCGGUAAAUUUUAAACAUUCUUUCUGUUUUAUAAUUUUUAUACGGUGUUUGGAGAAGCCUUCCUUGUAAUUGACAAAACGUUACUUGUCGUACAUAAAACAUAAGAGACUUUUAAAAAAGUGUGUAUUUCUAUCUGAUAUUAAAAAUAUCUACUUAGAUAUGCUAAGUUUGGCUUAUAUAGAAAUAUAUAUAGAUCUUUUUCCUUUCAAAGAUGUAACCGGUCUGUAAGAAGUUAACAUUUAAGUAAAUAUUAUAGACACACAACACAGAUAUACAGCUUUACAUAUAUAUUGUAUAACGAGAUUAAAAGAACGGUUGAAAAAACGUUCAGAGGGCAGAUAGGAUGAAUCCAGUCUUACAUAGUUACGUUAUAUGUCUAUCAUCAUGUUCUUAAUUAUGACCUGCUACAUUAGUUAUCUAUUGUAUUUGUUACAUGUAAAAUGAAGACAUACCAUAGCCAAAAAAUCCAAACCCUCUCCAUAAAUGCGAAAAAAGAAAAAUAUAAAGCUUUUGAAGCUUAGAUAUAUGUGUAAAUAACAUAUUUACAAUAAUAAAUCGUGACACAUACACGAUUCAUUUUGGACUUGACUACUUAACCAGUCGACUUAUGAAAAGAUAUUCUAGAAGGAGUUUUUAUUUGUGCAGUAUGUAAAGAAUGUAAGUACAAAGGAGAUAAAAAAAAUAUACCAUCUUAAUUAAAGCCUUUGUGAUAAGAUGUAAUAAAAGACGUCAGGAAAAGCUAUAUGGAGAGAAAAAAAAGAAAACAUGAGAGGUGCUGUAUCCAAUAAAGUUAUGAAUCGAAUUUCAUUGUAA